AUGGCGAAUCUCUGUCCCGACCGCGCGCCGCGCACCAUCGGCCCCUAUGUCCACGCUGUGGUCCACGGCAACCUCGUCUUUACCACGGCCUGUAUUCCUCUAGACCCUGCCAUGAUGACGAUUGUGGGAGGCGGGCCCGAAAACCAACUUCGCCGCAUCUUUGAUAACCUCAAAAUCAUCCUCGAGGAGUCUGGCACGACGCUGGAUCGUAUCAUCAAGCAAAACGUCUAUCUGACCGACUUUGAGCAAUUCGAGGCUUUUAACAAGGUCUCUGCGGAGUACUUGGGGGAUCAUAGUCCGGCGCGGGCUACCAUGAAGGUUUUGGAGCUUCCGAAGCAUGCACCCAUGGGGUUGGAUGUCGUGGCUGCUUUGCCUGAAUAGGAGUGAGGUGGAUGGGUUGGUUUCUGUUCUGGCGUGCAAGUCAGGUUUUUCUGAAUGACAUUAUUAAUAUAUGUGUCUGUCGGCUUGAUUGGAUGGUUGGAAAUGGGUGACCUCCUUCAGCUGUGUCCUCCAUGUCGAAUUCUGUCUCUUGCAUGGGCUCUGUAUUGAGCUGUACCCCAGGGAUGUCAACACUCGAUAUCGGUAGCUCUCUUAGUUAUUUCGAAUUUAUUCGACAUGUUUUGCGAUUCAUCGGCAUAGGUACCAAACCCAGAAAGAUCAAUGGUAGAAGAGGCGCG